AUUUUGUUACGAUUGUAAUUCGGCAGUAAUGUUUUAUCAACAUAUUGUAUUUGUGAAAAUAGUUCUUUUAAUAGUUUAAUUUUAGUGUAUAUAUAUAUUAUUUUUAUUUUGGAAUUCGUGCAUAUUUAAUUCAUGAUUUUCUAUUUCUCGUAUUACAUACAUUUAUCUGAUAAAUUAUUGUUAGGUUAUAACAAUGUAUCAUUGACAGCUUCGUCGUCAACCUUGUCAGUUGAUGUAAUGUUGUAAAAAAACUUUGAUAUUUAGAUAUAUUUAAGACUUCUGAGAUGAAAAUGAUGGAUAGCAAUGAACAAGAUGAUGGCGGUUUCGAAGUAAUUUCUGUCAAAAAAAAGAAAAUGAAACAAGCACAAUUACCAUUCCAAAUGCGAAGUCCAGUGGAGUCACCAAAUGUUGUGCACGUUAGAAAGAGGAAAUUAUCAUCACCUCCUACGGAAUGUAAAAGUCCAAAAGUAAUGAAAAGUUGGAAGAAUAAUUUAAGUGAGGAUAGUGUAAAUAAUGAAUCGAAUAGAACGAGUGUCGAUACAGGAAACGAAGAUAUCGAUCUUAUAGAAAUAAUAGAGGAUCCACCCACAGAAACUGAAAAUGCAAAAGAAAAUGCAUUUAGUAAAGAAAAAGCUAACAGUAAAAACAGAACUUCAAAACGAAUUGUAACUGGCCAGAAAAAAUUAGAGAAACAGGAGAAAUUAAAGUCAAGCCCUUUAACAAAGUUCCUUCAAAAGACUGAUAAACAAAAAGAUGCCUCAAAAGAAGAAUCUGAAAUUUCUUUCCAAGAGGAGAAGAAUGAUUCGACUGAAGAAGUUGAGGAGAGUUCUAACAAAGCAACUAAAAUCAAUAUAGAUACACCAGGGACAACCAAUAAUUUAAGCAAUAAAGUAGAAAGCUUACUUUCAGUUACCAAUAAUUCUUUGUGUCAGUCUGAUUCCGAUCUUGUAGUUUUAUCCUCUGAUACCGAAGAGAAAGACGAAGAAGCCAAGUCAUCUGCAAAUACUACGACAGAUACACCUGGUACAUCGCAAAUUAUCAAAACUUCCAAAAUAGACAAAACAAAGCUGAAGAAAUUAACACCUAAACAAGAAGAAAAGAGAUUAUUAAAUGCUAGAAGAAAAGAAGAGAAGAAACGAUUGAAAAUGGAGAAGGAAAAGAAAUUGGAGGAGGAACGACAAAAUCGGAAAAAAGAAAAGGAAGAGAAACGGAAACAAAAAGAGGAAAGGGGAAGAGUCGAAAGAGAACAAAAAUUGAUGGAAAAGAAAAGAAAAGAACAAAGAAAACAAAUGGAGAUCGAACAAAGACAGAAAGGAAGACAGGCAAAGGAGGAGGAACGUCGAAGAAGGGAAGAAGCUAAGGAGGAGGAAAAAAAAAGAAAAGAGGAAGAAAGGUUGGAAGCAGAGCGCAAGAAACAGAAAGCUGCAACGACUUUCACCAGUUUUUUCGUCGCUAAGAAACAAGAAAAAUCCGUCGAAGGCGAAAGCAUGAAUGAAGUGAAGAAUUUCAUGCCUUUUGAGGUAAAGGGAGACAUGAAGAUAGCUAAAGUCUGUAGAAGAUUCUUAAGCGAACAAGAGAAAUUGUUAUUGGACAAAUUGUUUAGUGAAGCAACCACACAAAAAGCAGAUUUGUAUCUUAGUGAGAUUAAGAAUAAAAGAACAAUUCCACGCAAAUCGUCGAAAACUUGGCCGCUCGAAACGAAAGAUGACGUAAUUUUAUUAGACGAAGAAAACGACGGCAGUUCGAACAUUGUGAAGCAAAAUGUUGUUGUAGAGAUGCGUCGACCUAAAUUGCUACAAUUUUCUGAAAAUCAACGUCCACCUUACUGGGGUACGUGGAGAAAACGCAGCAGAAUUAUCAAUUCUCGAAGGCCCUUCUCCAAGGAUACGCAAUGGUUCAAUUACGAGAUUGAUUCGGACGAAGAAUGGGAGGAAGAGGAACCAGGCGAAUCUUUGCGCGGUUCUGACGAUGAAAAAGACGAGGAGAAUACGGAGGACAACGAGUAUGAUGUAGAUAACGAUUUCAUGGUUCCUCAUGGCUACUUGUCCGAUGAAGAGCUUCGUGCUGACGAGGAAGACAAGCAAGACAUGACUCCUGAAACACAAGAAGUCAAGUUGAAACUACUCGGAGAACAAUUCGAGUCCGAAAGGAACGCAAAGACCGCGAAGUUAAAGCCAAAAAUAAUAGGAUGUAUUUGGAGAGGGUCUAAAAAUGAAUUUCAACCAAACGUGCCACCAAGGAUCGUAGACUUCUUGUCAGCCCGAGACGCCUGGGUGUAUCGAAUACCGAUACUACUACCAACCAUGAACGAAGCCAUGGCAACCAACGAGUGCAGUACUCCCACGCAACAGCAACCGCUGACGAGUUCAAAAAAGACACGAUUUCCGGAAGCAGCUAUACCGGAUCUUAUUCGAUUAAUACACGGGAACACAUAUAGUAGACGCUGUCUUGUAAAAGAAUUUAUGGCCUAUUGGAGUAAAAAGAACACGGGAGCUAAAAAUCAGCCUUCGAAAGCCAGUAUACAACAAAAGAUUCGCGAGAUUGGUAAAUGGAUGCCGUGUCCAGAGAAGGGGCCGAUGCAUUCGAAGGCAUGUUGGUACGUCGAUGAGAACAUCAGAAAAGAGCACAUCAACGAGGAGCUUUCUUUGCCAAAUUGCUGGUCCUAUGUCCUAACACCCAAGAGGAAGAGUGAUAUCACGAAAAUCAGAUUAUUCUUCUCUCCGAAAUGAGAUUAUUUUAAGAUAGUCUUCCAGUUAUUCAAAACGAUAUGUUCAGAGGUUGGGACAAGGAUAGAUUCGAAUCGUGUUUAUAAAAUGUUAUUUAAGACAUUUGCAAUGUUUUUAAUUGACAUCUUAAGCUAUUUAAUAAUCGAAAUAUCGAUUUUGACGUACUGUCUCUUUGAUUUAAAAUCUGGUCAUUUUUAACUGCAAUUGACUUGUUAAAAUCGACUUGUAAGUUAGUUUAAAUCAAUUGAAAUAGUGCCAUUGCUUUCUAAAUAUGGAUCAAUAUGCAUUUUGUUGUAAUAUUUAGUUGGUAUCGUUCGAUGGCAAGCAUCCAAUUUAAAUCAGAUACGAAAAAUAAAAAAUUUAAUUUUAUUUCUUACUCAGAGUUACAAAUCGUUGUGGGUUACUAUUUACGAUAUAAUCCAUCAACAAUCGAUGAAAUGGCUCAAAUAGUACUUGGAUUAACGCUACAUGUCGAUUUGGAUAGUUCCUUCUUUUGUAUACACUUAAUAACGUUAUUAUCGAUGUUUUCUUAGAAAUAAAAUGGUGUCGAUGAUUUCACACGAAUGAUGCUUAAUACGACAAAGA